AACAACAGAGCCCAUUCGUCAAAAAACGUCUCUGCUAUUGUCAGGUUAAAGAUAUCAAACCCCAUCUGCCCGUCUCCAUUUAUUCUCUUCUUUUCUUUUUCUUUUUUCUUUUUAAGAUAAUUUUGCUUUUGUUUUUUCAUUUAUAAUCAAUCCAUUUGGCUUUUUUUCAUUCAUCAUUGGCUGGUUUUGUGUUUUGAUUCUAUUUGCUUUUCUUUCCCAUACUUACAAAAACCUCUCUUUCUGUGGGUUUGGUUUUCUUCGUUUCAUUUUCUCUUCCUUUUUUUCUCUAAUAGUAACAAGCAAGAAUUAAGAUUCUCGAGAUUGGCGUCUGAGAUAGCACCACAGGACCCUUGUUCAAGCUCUUUCUAAAACCUGGGUUUUUCAUUCACAGUGAGAACCUGAGAGGAUUAGAGUGUGAGCUGCAGAGAGAAAACAAACCCGUCACACUACCAUUCUGAUGAAGGAGAUAGGAGGCUCUCUUGAAGGAGAGAGCCUGCCUGAUACCACCACCACCAACGGUAAAGAAGAAGAUAAUCAAGAACCAAGCUCAACACAACCACUUUUGAACCCAUAAACACCAUCUGGGUUUCUUGUGUUUUGGGUCUCGGUGUUUGAUAGACUAAGCAUCCAAAAAUCGUUAUCGGUGUCUGUUGUUUUUGUGGCCUUGUCGAUCUUUUAGGUGUUUUUCUUUCUAUAUAUUUUAAGCUUUGGUGGGUGUAUAUAUGGCAUUUUCUAUGCACAAUAAGGAGGGAAACAAUAAGCAGAUGGACACAAGCAAGUAUGUGAGAUAUACACCUGAGCAAGUAGAGGCAUUGGAGAGAGUGUACACAGAAUGCCCAAAGCCUAGUUCUUUGAGAAGGCAGCAGCUCAUCAGAGAGUGUCCUAUCCUCAGCAAUAUUGAGCCCAAACAGAUCAAAGUCUGGUUUCAAAACCGCAGAUGCCGGGAAAAGCAGAGAAAGGAAUCUUCCCGUCUCCAGACAGUGAAUAGGAAGCUGACUGCCAUGAACAAGCUGUUAAUGGAAGAGAAUGAUCGGUUACAGAAGCAGGUCUCGCAGUUGGUUUAUGACAAUGGAUACAUGCGUCAACAACUGCAGAACGCUUCAGCAACAACCACAGACAACAGCUGUGAGUCUGUGGUCAUGAGUGGUCAGCAACAACAACAGCAUAACCCAACACCUCAGCAUCCCCAACGAGAUGCUAACAACCCAGCCGGUCUUCUAGCGAUAGCUGAGGAAACCCUGGCAGAGUUCCUUUCUAAGGCUACUGGAACUGCUGUUGACUGGGUGCAGAUGAUUGGUAUGAAGCCUGGUCCGGAUUCUAUUGGCAUCAUUGCUGUUUCCCGCAAUUGUAGUGGGGUUGCAGCACGAGCCUGCGGCCUUGUGAGUCUAGAGCCCACAAAGGUUGCUGAAAUCCUCAAAGAUCGUCCAUCUUGGUUUCGUGACUGUCGAUGCCUUGACAUAUUGAGUAUAAUUCCCACAGGAAAUGGGGGCACAAUUGAGCUCAUAUACAUGCAGACUUAUGCACCAACAACAUUGGCUGCAGCACGUGACUUUUGGACGCUGAGAUACACUACAACUUUGGAAGAUGGCAGUCUCGUGAUAUGCGAGAGGUCAUUAACUGCUAUUACUGGCGGCCCAACUGGACCACCAGCUUUGAGCUUUGUAAGAGCUGAAAUGCUUCCUAGUGGCUAUCUAAUUCGACCUUGUGAGGGUGGUGGCUCCAUCAUUCACAUUGUGGAUCAUGUUGACUUAGAUGCUUGGAGUGUUCCUGAAGUUCUGAGACCACUAUAUGAAUCAUCCAAAAUUCUUGCUCAGAAGAUGACCAUGGCUGCUUUACGGUACAUACGACAAAUUGCACAAGAGACUAGUGGAGAAAUUCAGUAUGGUGGGGGCCGACAGCCUGCUGUUUUAAGAACAUUUAGUCAGAGACUUUGUAGGGGCUUCAAUGAUGCUGUCAACGGAUUUGCAGAUGAUGGUUGGUCACUUCUUGGUGGUGAUGGCAUGGAGGAUGUGACCAUUGCCAUAAAUUCAUCUCCAAAUAAAUUUCUAGGGACUCAAUAUAACGCUUCAAUUUUUCCAACUUUUGGAGGAGGGGUGCUGUGUGCUAAGGCAUCAAUGUUACUGCAGAAUGUUCCCCCUGCUGUGCUUGUUCGUUUUCUGAGGGAACAUCGUUCAGAAUGGGCUGACUAUGGGGUUGAUACCUAUUCUGCACAUUGCCUCAAAGCUAGUCCUUAUGCAAUUCCUUGUGCAAGACCUGGGGGUUUCCCCAGUAGCCAGGUCAUUUUACCUCUUGCCCAUACUGUGGAGCACGAGGAGUUCUUGGAGGUAGUUCGGCUGGAGGGCCAUGCCUUCUCCCCUGAAGAUGUAGCUUUGGCACAGGAUAUGUACCUGUUACAGCUUUGCAGUGGAGUUGAUGAAACUGCUAUUGGUGCUUGUGCGCAGCUUGUCUUUGCACCUAUUGAUGAAUCCUUUGCUGAUGAUGCUCCUCUGUUGCCAUCUGGUUUCCGUGUCAUACCAUUAGAUCCUAAAGCAGAUGGGCCUGCUGCAACUCGCACAUUAGAUUUGGCCUCUACGCUUGAAGUAGGUGCUGGUGGUGCACGACCAUCUAGUGAGGCCGACACCAGUAGUUAUAAUCUUAGAUCAGUCCUGACAAUUGCAUUCCAGUUUACCUUUGAGAACCACCUGCGAGACAAUGUGGCUGCUAUGGCUCGCCAGUAUGUGCGUAGUGUUGUGGGGUCUGUUCAGAGGGUUGCAAUGGCUAUUUCGCCUUCAAGACUCAGCUCCCAUAUAGCGCCGAAAACCCUUCCUGGCUCUCCUGAAGCUCUUACUUUGGCACGAUGGGUUUACCGAAGCUACAGGAUCCACACUGGGGGAGAUCUCUUUCGAGUUGACUCCCAAGUUGGCGAUGCUUUGUUGAAGCAAAUUUGGCACCAUUCAGAUGCAAUUAUGUGCUGUUCCUUGAAAACCAAUGCAUCUCCAGUCUUCACUUUUGCAAACCAAGCUGGUCUGGACAUGCUUGAAACAACUCUUGUAGCCCUUCAAGAUAUUAUGCUUGAGAAGAUUCUCGAAGAAGCAGGCCGGAAGCUUCUAUACUCAGAGUUCUCUAAGAUCAUGCAGCAGGGAUUCGCAUAUCUUCCAGCUGGAAUAUGCGUAUCCAGCAUGGGAAGGCCGGUCUCCUAUGAGCAAGCUAUUGCAUGGAAAGUCCUUAAUGAUGAUGAUUCCAACCACUGCCUGGCCUUCAUGUUCGUGAACUGGUCUUUUGUUUGAUGAUUAAGAAAAAAUACUUAAGAGAACUUAGCUAUCUGUUAAGUUAUAUAUACAUAUUUUCUUCUAUUAGUGUCUGAGAUACUAUGACAUUUGAAUAUAGUAAUGACAGAAUACCGUGAAUGAAUUUGUCUUGA